AUGCCUCCCCGCCGCCAACAAGCCAAAUCUCACCCGAAGCUAAGUGCUCGAGCCCGGAAUGAGCUUGAGACUAAGGCUAACACUGAGUUCCGUAGUGUCGUUCGCCGUCGUGCUCACCGUAUCAAGUUAUGGCUCGUAGCCGCCAUCCGCCAGCAAUGCGAACACGCUGGUGUCGAACUCAUCGGCCCCAGGCUCCAAUACCGCGCUGACGAUCCGAAUCGCGGACGCUACUACGUAACGUCUGUUCCACUGCCCGGCAGCACCCGCAAGAUGUUUCGUUACGUAUCCGACCCUCUUUCUCCCCGCCGUCUCAUGGAGCUCGAAGAUUGGCGCGUGGCACGUGAAUAUCAAGAUGAAGGUCUUCGUCCUAUCCGUCUUGGGCUUUCGAAUGUACCUCUGGGCACGACGUCGUUCUUACGCAGCUUGGGACUCGAAAAGUACAGCACGCGUUCUCGUCGCCGCCCCGGCAUUCCUCAUGUUCCAGAGACCAUCCGACGCACAGGGGCCCGCACGUCUGCGCCAACUCGCGCGACUCCCUCCCGCGGACGUGCUUCUCAGGCUCGCACACUGCCCUCUCGUCGGAGCGCGAGUAUCGAAGUCAUUGGUCACCGCCGCGCGCGCAGUCCUAGCCUGGAGGUCAUCGACGCCCCACCGCGCACUCCUGUUGUCGAUCUUACACUCACGCCGCGCUCACUUCGCGUUGUUUACUAUGCAUCGCUCUCUGCGCAGCCUCAACGACUCGAUCUCGAACAGGCCUUCCGCGGUGCCGUCUACGAUCUCAAGUCGUAUGCUCCCCAGUGGAAUGGCGUCGAGAUGAAGCUCUCUGACACGGUGAAGAUGUUGGUGUCUACGCCGGGUAACAGCAAGACUUGGUAUCGCUCACAGCUAGGCGCGCUGGUCCUAUCUUCGUCCACUCGGCGCAUCGUCUUAGCGGCUUCCAACAUGUCAUCGUCCGACCUAGACGACAUCAGUGAUCUCUACCCAACAUGGGCGUACACCGGGCACAUUCCAAUCGAAAUAAACUAG